GUUGUAAGAGGACACCACAAAGGGCAGCAACUUGGCAAAGUGGUCCAGGUUGACAGGAAGAAAUACGGCAUCUACACUGAACCAGUGCAGCGGGAGAAGGCUAAUGGCACAGCGGUCCAUGCGGGCAUUCCCCCCAGCAAGGUGGUUAUCACCAGACUAAAACUGGACGAAGACCGCAAAAAGAUCCUCGAACGUAAAGCCAAAUCUCGCCAAGUAGGAAAGGAAAAGGGCAAAUAUAAGGAAGAAACAAUUGAGAAGAUGCAGGAAUAA